UGCCUUCAGUAAUCUCCCAAAGAAAAAUAACCAGGAAACUAUUCUAACUCUAUAGCUGAAAAAACAGUCUCACUUGCCUUCAUAUUCGUUGAAAUGGCAGAAGCCAGUAUUUCAGUGGAACAUGAUCAGUUCAGCUGUCCAGUUUGUCUAGAUCUAUUAAAGGAACCAGUGACCAUUAACUGUGGACACAGUUACUGUAUGAACUGCCUUACAGGCUGCUGGAAUAAGGAGGAUCAGAAGGGGGUUUACAGUUGCCCGCAGUGCAGAAAAACCUUCACCCCAAGACCAGCGUUGGGUAAAAACACCAUUUUGGCUGAAAUGGUGGAGAAACUGAAGAAGAGUAAAAUCCCUGUUGUUCCUGCUGGCUUUAGAGACGUGCAGUGCGACGUCUGCACUGGAAGAAAAAACAAAGCCAUCAAGUCUUGUCUGGUGUGUAUAGAAUCCUACUGUCAGAUUCAUUUCAAUCGUCAUGAAGAAUUUCGCUCAGGCAAACCACACAAAGUGAUUGAUGCCACUCGACGAAUCAAGCAGAUGAUCUGUCCUCAACAUGGGAAACAAGUGGAAAUCUACUGCCACACUGACAAGACCUGUAUUUGUUGCCUGUGUGCAAUGGAUAAACACAAAAAACACAGGAUGGUAACAGCCACAACAGAGAAGACAAUCAAGCAGAAAAAUCUAGAACAAACACAAAGAAACUUCAAGCAGAAAAUCCAGCAGAAAGAGAAAGAUCUUCAGGAGCUGAGAGAGGUUGUGAAAAAUCAUAAGCAAUCCACACAGACAACAAUAAAGAACAGUGAGAUGAUCUUUACUAAACUGAUCUGCUCCAUUGAAAGAAGCCGCUCUCAGGUGACGCAGGUGAUCAGAUCUCGUGAAAACGCUGUAGUGUCUAAGGCUGAAAAACUCAUGGAGGAAAUGAAACAGGAGAUUGAUGAAUUGAAGAGACAAGAUGCUGAAAUGAAGCAGCUUUUACAAACAGAGCAUCCUAUCCUUUUCCUUCAGAGCUUCCGCUUUUUCUUUCUUCCCCUUGAAUCUACAAAUUCUUUUAAGAUUGCCAUCAAUACUUACAUCUGUUUUGACGAUAUUAGAAAAUCUGUCUGUCUUCUACAAAAGAAGCUUGAGGAUUUCUGCACAGAGACGAUAAGAAAUAUAUCUGGUAAAGUGAGAUAUAUUGGGGUCAAUUUCACAUCUGAUGAGGAUGAAGAUGAGGAGGAUGAAGAUGAGGACGAUGAAGACGAGGAAGAGAAUGAUGAUGAGGAAGAGGAGGAUGACAGUGAGUAUGAAGUGUCAAAGCCUAAAUUUCUUACAGCAUCACAGUCCAGAAGUUUUAAACAAACAUGGACACAUCAAGCCUCCUCAACAUCAGAGUCAAAAUCGAGGAGCUUCAGAGAAUCAGGGUCAAAACCUGGACCCUUCCCUAAAAUAGAGUUAAAAUCCAGGAGCUUCAGGGAACCAGAGUUGCAUUCUAGACCCUCGUCAAUAACAGAAACAGGGCCCAGGGGUUUUAUAAAACCACGGUUUGGAUCUAUACCCUCCAAAUUGUCACGUGACAGAUUCUCCACACAGAAAGACUAAUGGCUCAGAACCUCCACAGCAAAAAAAAACAAAACCUACCUAGUUUUUUAGCACUGUAUCAUAAAACUAUGUAGAUUCC